CUCUGGACUACAAGUCCCGGCAUGCCUCGCGGUGUGCGCAUGCGUGGUGUUCCAGGGUUAUUGCGUGAGAGCACGAGUGAGACUGUGCAGAUAGAGCAGGUGAACCAAACAUCUCAAGAUGUCCAGUUUGGCGGCUGCCAGUUGUGAGUCAGAUGCCCCGAACUUGGGAUCCCAGGAAAAGAAGCCCUUGAAACCAUGCUGUGCGUGUCCUGAGACAAAGAAAGCUCGUGAUGCCUGCAUCAUCGAGAAGGGGGAGGAGCAUUGCCAGGAGCUGAUCGAGGCUCACAAGGAGUGCAUGAGGUCACUCGGGUUCAAAGUGUGAGAGCAGGACAGACAGCGUGUGUG